AUGACCAUGUCGAAAAUUAGUGAGGAUGAUGAUCUCAAGCCGAACUCGGUAUUCGUGGAGGAUGCGGAGCUACAGGCACAGCACUUAGGGAGCUAUAACCAGAAUGUUAAUGCGAGGAUCUUGAACCCUCUUGCUGGAAUCUCUAGAGAUGAUCUCCACGAUCGCGUUCUUCGAUUCUGUCAAGAAUAUGGAUUUACGGAUCAAGUCCAGGUAUUCCAGAAGGGAGCGCUCGCUGCACAAAAUCAAAGGAGCUUUGAGGAAAUAUCAGAGCUGAAUGAAGAGGAUAAAUACCAUUUGCGCCGAGAACAUACAAACAAAUGGCACUUGCCGAAAGACCUAUAUUUCAGUAUUGCUUUGUGCUCUCUCGGAUCUGCAAUUCAAGGAUGGGACAACACGGGCGCAAAUGGAGCCAAUCUUUCCUUUCCACAGGAAUUUGGCAUUGAAGACAACACUUGGUUAGUUGGCGUGAUAAACUCCGGACCCACUCUCUUCGGCCUUCUUAGUGCAUGGGCAGCAGAUCCCCUCAACAAUUGGCUAGGUCGCCGUGGCACCAUUUUUCUCACUGGGCUAUUCUGUGUCUUCCCGGUACUUGCACAAGCCUUUACGCAAAACUGGUGGGGUCUGAUGCUUUGUCGCCUGUUCAUGGGGCUUGGGGUUUCUGCUCUAAUCUCAUAUUUUAUCGCGUCGGACGACUUGCAUGGCGUUAUCAACUAG